ACAUCCGGUAGGUGAGGUCAGGGCAGGGCCGCCAUUUUGGGUGGCAGGGCUGGGCGCGGAGCGGGGCACCGCGGGCGGCGGCGGCCCGCGGGGGGGGGGGGGAAGCGAGUGCGGCCUGCGGGCGGGCGGCCCCCAUGGCCGGGCAGUUCGACUCCGAGGACCGGGCGAGCUGGUACUGGGGGCGGCUGAGCCGGGCCGAGGCGGUGUCGCUGCUGCAGGGGCAGCGCCACGGGACCUUCCUGGUGCGCGACUCGGGCACCAUCCCCGGCGACUUCGUGCUCUCGGUGUCCGAGAGCUCCCGCGUCUCGCACUACAUCGUCAACAGCCUGGGGCCGGCGGGAGGCCGGCGGGCCGGCGGCGAGGGCCCUGGGGCCCCGGGGUUGAAUCCCACCAGAUUUCGAAUAGGUGACCAAGAGUUUGAAUCUUUGCCAUCUUUACUGGAAUUCUACAAAAUACACUAUUUGGACACUACAACCUUGAUAGAACCAGUUUCCCGAUCCAGGCAGAAUAGUGGUGUUAUCCUCAGGCAGGAGGAAGCUGAGUAUGUGCGAGCUCUCUUUGACUUUAAUGGAAAUGAUGAAGAAGAUCUUCCAUUUAAGAAAGGAGACAUACUGAGAAUCCGGGAUAAACCUGAAGAGCAAUGGUGGAAUGCAGAAGACAGCGAAGGAAAGAGGGGAAUGAUACCUGUUCCUUACGUCGAGAAGUAUAGACCUUCCUCUGCUUCAGUAUCUACUCUGAUUGGAGGUAACCAGGAUAGUUCCCACCCACAACCACUGGGUGGGCCGGAGCCAGGGCCCUAUGCCCAGCCCAGCAUCAACACUCCGCUCCCUAACCUUCAGAAUGGCCCUAUUUAUGCCCGGGUUAUCCAGAAGCGAGUCCCUAAUGCCUACGACAAGACAGCCUUGGCUUUGGAGGUCGGUGAGCUGGUAAAGGUCACAAAGAUUAAUGUGAGUGGUCAGUGGGAAGGAGAAUGUAAUGGCAGACGUGGUCACUUUCCAUUCACACAUGUCCACCUGCUGGAUCAACAGAAUCCUGAUGAGGACUUCAGCUGAGUGUGGCUCAACAGUUGCGCUUAGAGAUGGGAACAAUCUCAACUUGUUUUUAUUGCAGAUGCCAUCAAGACUAUGUUCCGACAGAUGUUGAAAGCGGUAUUGCUUGUAUAAGCAUUCUGAUAACCUGCAAACCCCUGGGACUGAACACCACCAUUCCUUAAUUAAGGGUCAUGUAAUUCAGGGUACGACAGUAGAUAACUUGUGUGUCAAGUGGCAGAACUAGUACAUGAUUAUAGGUUGUAAUGCCUGCUUAUGUCCAUGUGCACAGCAGACUGGACCUUGCCAGCAGUAGCAGUUGGAGAAAGCAGUCAUGUAGAUGUUACAAUAACAUUUGUAGCUCUCUCCGGUCCUAUUGCUUAUGUUGCUUCUUCCUCAGGCAAUGAACAUCAACCUUGGACAAUUCAAUACAUAGAUAGAAAUUUCACAAAUUUAUCCUGGAGCUUUCUCCAUACUUUUUUUUUCCAUCCUGAAUUCUCUGUCCUAGAAAGGCUAUAUAGUACUUUGCAUGGUCAGUUAACUAUGCACAGUACAGAUUUAUGUAGAGCCCAUUGGGGACAGCCUUAUGAUUUACAGAUGCUUACCAUUUUAAUGGUAAAUGACAGAUCAAAUCAACCUCGGAAUUCUAGAAGCUUGUGGACACUAGAUUGAUUUCUUCAGUACUGUUGAUGCUUCAAAUAUAGCAGCUGAUUUUAAAUUAAGAUUUCUAUUAACACACCAGUAUCUCUUUUUAUCCACAAAUAUAAGGCUUAUGGAAGUGUAAACAUCCAUAUCAGUGCUGAAAAAUACGUGCGUAGCACUUUAAUGCAUAGCUUUAAAGCAGUGUUUGAUUCACUAAAUAUACUAAAAUAUUGACACUGCUUUCCAAUAAAAUUAAAUUAUAUAGGGCCAGUUUAAUUUUUCUAGAAUUCUUCAAUGCUUCUAUUGUACAAUACUCUUACAGUACAAAUCAGUGUCAAACAUGGUGAACUGACAAACCAAAUAUUACUUUUAUUUUAAAGUUACUCUGGGGACUCUUCUGGUUUAAUUCCCAUCUGUAAAAUAUUUGAUAGUGAAUUCAUGAGGAUUUUAAUUUUAAUAAACUAAUGGAAAAUACUUGUGUGCUUCUGGAUUGAUUCUCAAAAGGCAUAAUAGAGUAAAUAAGGCUUCCUAGCUCUUAAUGAAAAUCAGUGCAUUGAAUAGGUGGUAUUAUGCACUGCUUGGUUUUGGUUUCUUUUUUUUUUUUUUAGUCUGUUCUUCUAAUUAUCUGGUUUUCUCUAACAUAAAUCAGAAUGGAUUCAGUAAGUUUUGUAAACUGAAAUUAAACACUGAAGUAACUAUCCCUUGCCUGUACCCUGGAUUGUUUUCCAAGCACAGCACUCUAGUGACCAAACUUAAACAAAUUUUGUAACUUUGACUACAGUGUAAUCCAUACAGAACAGUUUUUCUAAAUAGUAUCAAACUGAAAAUGUUAUUUUGGUUGAUACAAACCAUGUGACCAGAAUGGCUCAUUGGUUGUAAAUGCUGCGAUGCCUAGUUCCCACUGCAAAGGCUAUCGCUGCAAGGCACCGACCCAUACAACAGAAUACUGGUAACACUUUACCUCAGAACUGUGUAACAUGCUGGAAAUUACAAUAUUGCUGUUAUAUUUAAGUACUAGUUGUUUUACUUCAGAACUAAUCCAUCAGCAAGUCUGACUAAUUUUCAGGUAAUGGGCACUCAUUAAUUGUGUAAACUAAUGCCAAAUGUACAUUAAUCAUGCUUUUCCAUCACCAAUUGCAUAAGCACUACUGAAGAUUAUUAGAAAACUGACAGUUGUGACAGUGGUGUAAGAAUGGUAACAAAGGAAUUGCAGUACUAUUCUAGCUGGGAUUGCUAUUCUGGUUAGGGUGAUAUGCCAGUGAUUGUGGGAUCUCUUCUAGCUUAGUACAAAAUUUACUUUGAGGAAAAAAAUUGAGAAACUAGGUUCUGUAACACAUUGGUUUCUUUAAGGCUAAUUUGUAUUUUUCCUCUGACCUUGAUAUUUACUAUGACUGAUAUUUUUUUUCAAUAGCUGCAAUCUAAAUAACAGACUUAAUACUGAGUUUAUCAGUUGCCCAUAUAUGCUUGUAUAUUUCUUCAGGUAUGGCAAAAGAAACAUAAUGAACUGUGUCUUCUUAGAGUAACACAGUUUGUUCUGAAGUAUUUUUUCCAAUUGCAGUUAAUGAAAGCCCAUAUAUUUGUACCUUUCCAAUCAGCAAUUAUUUUAAGAUACCAAAAGAACAUUUUAUUAUGCAAAUCUUGCCUUUUUAGUAUGAAAGACAUAAAUUGAAUUAACUAGCAAAUACCCUGCAAACUUUGUAGAUGUGUUUUUGUUAAGACUGUAUAAAUUGCAAAUAUUUGUACACUUCGAAAGAGCAAAAAAAAAAAAGAAACUAGAGGAGUCUUAAUAGCUGCUGUUGCACUAGAAUCCUAAGUUCUUGUCAAGCAGUUUUUCUUAGUCAAGUGAUACAUUAAUGCAACUGUUUUCCACUAUUCAGUUCUAAGCCGAAAUGUGAUUUUUGUUUCAUAGGUGAUAGAAAUGAGUAUGUUUGCAUUUGGACGAAAUAGACAUUUCAACUUAUCAAGCUCUUAAAGGAAAAUAGGUAGAACAUAUGUUCAUGAACAUGUAGAUUAAAUCCUUUUGUGGCCUUUGUUUAUCCUCUUCUAUUUGUUCCCUCCCUUCUCCCCGAUGCGUGCAAAAAAAUCAUUGCUAAGAAUGUUGGUCACAAUCUUUUGUCUCUACUUGGCUGUGUUUUUGGUCUCUUGUGCAUAGGCAGGUGUUAGAACUAGAAUAAUCAUUUCUAGAAAUACACCGUGAAAGCAGAAUGCUCAAUUACACUGUGUUCUUCUGGUGCAUUUACACAUUAUAUCACACUAAAAAGUACAACUGGCUGCUAUGGUUUUUUAAUAUAUAUUUCAUUUUGGUAAACCCCAGCCUUUUUACUAAUAUUUGACCUGGUUAAAUCUCGUUAAUCUGUUUGAAUUGUAUUUGUUAAUAAUGCAAAUAUUUCUAAUCAUCUUAAGAGUAAAACACUUCAUUUUUGUUAAUGGUUUUGGGGAAGGAUUCUAACCAAACCAGUUUGAAGAAAAAUAUGAACAUGUGCCAUUGUAUUAUAACACUAUCCACUUUCUUGACAGUUAAAGUCUUUUUUUAUUUUUUGUAGCAUGUAAUGUAUAUGUUCAUAGUACGUGAAGUAAAUAAAAGUAUAGCCAAAA